AUGCAGCAGACGAAUCCCCCAGAGUUUAUCCUCGACGCCUUUGCGGACCCAGCAUCCGUCCGGGACGUCGUCAAAGGAAUCCUCCACACAAUCUUCUUCCACCGCUUCUUCCCCGCCGUCGUCCCCUACACCCGCGAGGUCCUCGACCUGACCCUCCCCUACGUCGACGACGUCGAGCUCGAGACCAUGAUCGAGCAGCGCGCCACCGCCCUCGUCCGCCAGCUCGACGCCGAGCGCUCCUCCACCAACACGGCCAGCGGCGGCAGCGGCGGACGCGGCCAGCUCAACGUGCAGUUCUUCGAGAAGAAGCGCCGCAAGGCUUGGCUCAUGCGCGGCGACGAGGAGGUGUGCUGGGAGCUUUGGACCUUAAAGGUCACCGUCGCAGAGCCUCGAACAGAGACCGAGAGGGCUAAGGUCCGCAAGGCCAUGGAACAGACGCUCAUGACGACGGUUAUGAAGGUCAUCACCUUUGUAAACGCCCACAAGGAUCACAUCCCCCCCAUAACGACGCAGGGCUCGAACCCGUUCCCGUAUCAGAUCAACAUCAACCAGAAGGAAGGGGGCUGGGCCACGAGAAUGGGUAUAUAUUGA